AUCACCCGGAAGUGGGGCUUCCUUCUCUUCCGGGGCGGCCACGGCUUUGGCCUUCGCAUCGGCCCGGCUGACUCUCCGUCCUCGCUAGAUAUUCUCUUCGUUUCUGCUGUCACCGGAAGCGGGGGCCGCGCGUGCGCAUUGCGGUCCUGCUGUUGCCUCCUAACCUGGUAGGGUCCCCUCCUGACAGGGAGCCAGUUCCAAAUGCCCUGCAAUGGAUGAUGAUAGUCAGGAUGAACUGAUAAAUAAGAAUGCUGCAGUAGGCAAAGUUAAAAGAACAAACGCUCUGCUCUUCAGUGAUGCAGAGAGCUCCGAUGGCAGUAGUGCAGAUUCAGAUGACACAGGCAGCGGGGAAGAGGAUGAUAUUGAUGAAGAUGGAGGUGCAGAGGAUGAAGAAGGUGAAGAUGAAGAUCUAGAAGAUUCUGAGGAGGAGGAGGAAGAGGAGGAGGAAGAGGAAGACGAGGAUGAAAUGGCUAAUGAGCAACCAUCUUAUUCAGAUAAAGCAAAACCACAAUUGAAUGGAGGAGUUGCGUCCUCUUCAGAUGAAGAUGCUGAAAACUGCCCAAUAUGCCUCAAUACAUUCAGGGAUCAGGCAGUUGGAACACCUGAGAAUUGUGCCCAUUACUUCUGCUUGGAUUGUAUAGUCGAGUGGUCUAAAAAUGCCAACUCUUGUCCAGUGGAUAGGAUUAUUUUCAAGUCUAUCUGUGUUAGAGUACGCUUUGGUGGAGAAAUCUUGAAGAAAAUUCCAGUUCAAAAUACAAAGUCUCAGGAAGAUGAGGUAGAAGAUGAUCCAACUUUUUGUGAAGUAUGUGGCCGAAGUGACAGAGAGGAUCGACUGUUGCUUUGUGAUGGUUGUGAUGCUGGAUACCACAUGGAGUGCCUUAAUCCACCACUGAGUGAGGUACCUGUGGAUGAAUGGUUCUGUCCACCGUGUGCACCUGCAAAUGCUGCACCUGCUGAUAUUGAAACAGACCGUGUGAGUGAAGAAGAGGUUGCAUCCCUUAUAGCUGAUGUAAUUCCCACUACCAGUCGACUGCGUCCUAGUGUCCGAACGCGAGCUAUAGCUAGAACACGGCAGAGUGAACGUGUGCGGGCGACAGUAAACAGAAAUCGGAUAACCACUGCACAACGAAUUCAGCAUGUACCGAGGUACCUCAUGUCUUCUCUUCUUGAUGAAACAAUUGAGGCAGUUGCCGCAGGACUGAGCACAGCAGUUUACCAGAGACCAUUGAUUCCUCGGUCCACAACCAAGAAGAAACGGAAAAGAGGGAGGAGAAAGAAAACAGCAGGUAAAAAAACUCAAGGAAAAUCAUCUGCUGGAAAAAAGACUGGUGGAACAUGGAUUAAACGGCGCAAACGUCGAAAGCACAGAAGAGUGAAGAAAGUAAAAGUGAAAACUGAAGUGACUGCUCGUUCCCGAAUUGCAAAAACCCUUCGCCUUGGAAAACCUGUUCGUGGCACUUCAAUCCCUUCUGUGUACAAACCAGUAGAACCCUCACUUGGCUUGAUGAGAGCAGAUAUUGGAGCAGCCUCCCUAUCAGUCUUUGGGGAUCCCUUUGAGUUGGAUCCAUAUAACAGUAAUGAUGAGCUUCCUGUUGCAAACUCACCAUUGAGCACCAAAAGAAGAGGUCUUUCUCAGUCCGCACUUAGAUCUCAUUGCCCUGUUGCUCGGCCAGUUGCUGUGGGCAUUCCUGGGAGAAGUGUGCCUGUCUUGUCACCUGAGCCUGAAGUGGAAGCCGCCCCAGUGCCUGACCUGUUGGGCAGCAUCCUGACUGGACAGAGCCUCCUGAUGAUGAGUGGUUCUGAUGUUGUCAUUAAUAGAGAUGGAUCAUUAACUGCAAAGAAAACAAUACCACCGCGUCAAGGCAGUUCAAAUGUUGAGGAAUGCUUGGGAGACAAUGCCCAGCUUGGGACGUCACAUUUGGUGAACCCAAUUAGUAGCUCUGAUACUGAAUCUUCAAAAUUGAAACCCUCCACCUCUCAUACUUGCACCUCAUCACCGUCAUCACUAAGUGUAACGAACAGAGAUGUGAUUCCUUCAAGUCAAACAUCGUCUGGAAGGACACCCAUUCGAUUUGAAUACUCAAUGACUCCAAGGUCUGUUCAGACCCAGAAUUUAGCCAGUCUGAACAGAUGUGGCCCCAAGUUGGGUGAAGUGUCUAGAUUUAAUGGAGGCUCUAAGUUAUCAAGUGCACCUCUUUUUGCAUCUUCUAAACCAUUGAACAGCAACUCCUCUUCAACCUCAAAAACAAUGUCUAUCAAAGGACCUCUAAAGUCUUCACCUAAAAGGCUUGAGAUAUCCGAACUUCCCAGAAUACCAAAGAUUAAAAAGGAAACUACAAAUGGCCAUCUUGGAUCACAACCUGCCAGUGAUCGAAGUGGUGACAUUCCCAGCGCCUGUAUAACACAAUUGACUGGUAAGGGAAAUGCAAACCAGCCAAUCAGAAGUAGUAAAAUGGAAAGUGGCAUGUCAAGUGCCAAUCAUCGACAAGGACAGACGAGUGGAGGCUCCACUUCGACUGUUGCCCGUGAUGGUUCCACACUUCCUCCAGCAAGGGGAAAAGUUGGCAGCUCCUCCUUUCAGAGUUUUAAAAUCAACAUCCCUGGAAAUGUUGGACAUUCCAGUAGAAUGUCUAAUCCUGGGUUUUGCAAUACUUUCCGACCUGUUGACAAUAAGGUGCAACAGAAAGAGAAUCCGUCACCCCUCUUUUCACUGAAGAAAACAAAACCAAUUAAAAGUGAAAUAUAUGAUCCUUUUGACCCAACAGGCUCUGAUUCAAGUUCAGCAAACAGCAGUCCUGAAAGGUUGUCCUUCACUAAUAUCACCAGGACAAUAUCCAUAGCAAGUCCCAAAGUUCAGACAUUCCAAACUGUGCGCCGCAUUACACCUUACAACCUGGAAAAUAUCUUUGGAUCGGAGGCUGAAUCAACUGAUGUGCCAUCAGCUAACACUGAGUCCUGUGAUGAUGUGAUGCUAAAGGAGAGGCUUGUGGAGCAGGUUCCUGAUGCAGUACAAGUAAAACAUGAGGAAGAAGAAUUGCCAGUUACACCCUGUACUUCAUCUGCCAUCAAACAAGAGCAUAUACUUGAAAGCGACAAAAAUCCUGGGCUUGUUCUUGAUAAUGACCAAGGCAAACCUAAGGUAAAAAUUGAGCCAGACAGCCCCAUAAGAGAAAAUGAACCAGAAAGCAUUCUUACAAAUGAGCAAGCAGAAAGGUGUUCAUUUUCAAGAUCCCCAUCAAAUUCUAGUUCUGAGAGUCAGAAAAAAAUUAAAAGAAAAAAAGAACCCAUGAAAGACCACAAAAGCACUCAACCAAGAUCUAGAUCGAGAACACGUUCGAGGGACAGAUCUGCUUCACCAUCAGUUGAAGAAAAAUACAGCAAAAGCUCCUGGGUUAAAUCCAAAGCCCGGCAUCCAUCAAGAGAUCGCUCUAGUAGUCAUGAGCGGGCAAGGAAAAAGAAAGUCAAAGACAAAACUAAAGAGAAAAAAGCCAAAAGUUCCUGGCCGAAAGAACACAAAAGAGUUAGGUCACGAUCUGUUAGUCCUGGUAAUUCCUCUUUUGAGUUAUAUGAGAACAGGAAAAAGAAAAAGCACACUGACCCAGGAGCCAGGGGGCAAGAAUCCCAUUCGAAAAAUACCGAGAGAACUAAAAAAAAGAAACAUAGAAGAGAGAGAAGCUAUGACAGAUUUGAGAAGGAUGGGAGCUCAAGAUUACGUGAGAGAAAAAGAUCAAGAUCCAGGUCUCAGGAGAAGAGAAAAAGGAAAUCAAGGUCACCUUCAUCACGAUCCCAGGUGUCCAAAGGAAGUAAAUCUAGGGAGAGACAAUUACCAUCCAGAUCACGCUCCAAAGAAAGGAAGCAUAAAUCGAAAGAGGUGUCACCUCAGCUUCUUAAAGAGGAGGGCCAAAGGUUUUCAGAUGACAACUUAGAGGGUUCUCUUGAAUGUGCUCCAACUUGGGGUCAUGAGUUAGGAGGUAUGGCACCAGAAACAUUGAAUGUUCCUUCAGACCUGAUCCCUGAGUCGGAAGUUCCUCCAGAGGAUGACAUAAUGGAGGCUGAUUUAAAAGGGGGCAUUAAAAUAGAGCAAGCCUGUGAGGAGCUUGAGCAUGAAACUGUUCCUGCCCAGCAAGACCAUACAAGUUCUGAAGUAUUUCCUGACAACCUAGAUUCUCCUACUGAAAUUGAAUUGGCAGUGGGCUAUGACUCACCAAGUUUUGAUAGCCAAAUCACUGUGAAAAUGGAGGAGAUUGAAAUUAAAAUAGAAGACGAUGAUGUGUGCCCGUUUUUAUCAGACACUGUUCUUCUAAAGAAGGGGAAGCCUGUAUCAGGUCAUGGUGAGGUUACACCAGUUCCAGCUUUGUCUGAAAUCAAAAGACCAACGGAGGUUAAAUGUGAGCUACCUAUGUUGGAUGAGAAUAUAAGUGAUGUAAAUAAAUCUGAACUGGAGGCUACAGUUCAAGGUCCUAUAUUGAAAUCUAAAGCACCAGUGAAAAGGGUUACCUGGAAUCUACAAGAGGAAGAAAGUAAUAUAGUGACUGCAGACAAAACACCAAGAGUGGCAUUCUGUAAACAGCAAAGAACAAAUGAAGGGGUCUGGAAAGCAGAGGAUUUGACCCAAACAUUAAAUCAGGUUUACAACCAAAAUCUGCCUUUGAUGGCCCCGCUGCCCUCCAACUUGCCCCCGUAUGCCCCUGUCAGUCAGCCCACUGUCCAGUUCAUCAUGCAGGGAAGCCUCCCUCUGCUCAGCUGCGUGACAAGCCAGGGACUGACUCCGGAGCCCGGGAAUCUGGCCACCGCUUCAGAACCAGGGAUUCAGGCCGCUUCCACAGGAGAGGCAGAGGAGACACUGAAAACACCUAAAUCUCCAGUGGAUAAAACAAAAAACGAAGAGUACAUGAAGAAACUUCACAUGCAGGAGAGGGCUGUGGAAGAAGUGAAACUUGCCAUUAAGCCCUUCUACCAGAAGAGGGAGAUCACCAAGGAGGAAUACAAGGAGAUUCUCCGGAAGGCAGUGCAAAAGAUCUGUCAUAGCAAAAGUGGUGAAAUCAACCCAGUGAAAGUGGCUAAUCUUGUGAAGGCUUAUGUUGAGAAAUAUAAACAUAUAAGGAAGCAUAAAAAGACUGAUGCUGAUGAAGAGCCUCGUGAAAUGGGGAAUUGAGACGAACAGGGAAGGGCUUUUCUACGCAAUGACUUGUCCUUUGAGAGGGAGGCAGGGAAGUGCAGUUGCAUGUUGCAGCCCCCUCCUUUAGAAACUGGAUGCAAUUGGACCUUCUUGAAGGGAAGACACCCUUUUCACAAAAGAGUAGGAUGUGAUCCUACUUGAGAACCAUGUGUCCUCCUUACCUUGGGGAGAGACUCUGGAUGGAAGACACUUGGGGCGUGUUGGAAAGUAUCCUAUCAUUUGUCAUGGUUAUACUUUGAUCACAUUUCUUUUGAGGGUAUAUGGAUCUGUCCUUACAGUUUAAAGCAGACACUUUUAUAUGCAGUACAUAACAAUCUAUGUUGCUCUCCUUGUGUUCUUAUUUAUCAGAAAUAUGGAUUCUUUAGAGAUUUUUCAGAAGCCGGUUUACUACUUGAAUUGUGGUACUUUUCAGCCUGUUGUGUGACAGAAAUGUUAACUCAAGUCUGCCGUAUGGGAAUUACAGAUGUGUGCUAACCUUUACAAAUCCUCUUCUGAAAUUCUUCUAAGUUAGCACAUGUUGUUAAGGUAUAUCAGUGGUUUAUUUCUUUGGGGACUUGUGGGAGCAUGACGAUGGGGAAAACAAAUUACAUCACGUCGUGUAAAUAAUAUGGUGAAGGCUGGUUUUGGAUUCAGCAAUUAGCUGAGGGGAUAGAAGAAAGUUGCAGAGUGUCAAUAGUGAUGCCAAGGAAUGUGGCAGAAGUAUGUACAAAACAGAAAUGUGACAAUUUAUAAAGUUAUUUUGAAUUUUU